AUGUCUCUCCCCCCCCCCUCAUCACCAAUCCACAUCCAAUCAAGAUCUCCUCUCACCAUCUCUUUGCCUCUUGUCCGGGGAGGAUCCACUCCCACUGCUCAUCACGCAGCAUGCUGCCGCAUUCUAGUCCGUGGCACCAUUUAUCGAGGCCUCCUCAAAGUCAUGCGGCAGUGCGCGAUUGGACAGGCGAGCCUUGCGCCCAUGUCCAGUUCUGAUGUCAUGGAGUCAUCGCCGAGGCAUCUUCCCCACCCGGCCAGAUAUCGCGACCUGCCUCCUCGCUCAGCGCACACAGGUUUCAAGAGCCUGCCGUGCCCCAAACUAUUCAAGUACCACGUUCGCGUCCACUACCCUCUCUGGAUAAGAGACGCGUAA